AUGACUACAAGUUCCAACAGGGUUCAUACGGAUUGUGUUUCCGACAGGGAGCAUGGGCGUCAUAACCCUCCCAGCGGAGAACUCUAUUCUCCGCACGGAACUGUCACGUCCCCUGGUGCGUCCCAUGACUCCAAGGCCGAAGAGAAUGGCUCGACACGACCAAAGAGAAAGACCAAGCCCAAUCGCAGUUUUGAUCCAGCUGCUCAAGUAGCCAGAGACGCUACGGCCGCCGAGCAGGCUCCACCGGCUCCAGAUGGACCUCGUCCUGAUGGUUCAGGGGGCACACUUCAGUUCAACCUGGCCAACAACAGGGUUGACAGAAACCAGAUGACUACAAGUUCCAACAGGGUUCAUACGGAUUGUGUUUCCUACAGGGAGCAUGGGCGUCAUAACCCUCCUUCCAAAGAAAGCAAUUCUCCGCAUGGAACUGUCACGUCCCCUGGUGCGUCCCAGGACUCCAAGGCCGAAGAGAAUGGCUCGACACGACCCAAGAGAAAGACCAAGCCCAAUCACGGUUUUGAUCCAGCUGCUCAAAUAGCCAGAGACGCUAGGGCUGCCGAGCAGGCUCCACCAGCUCCAGAUGGACCUCGUCCUGCUGGUUCAGGGGGCACACUUCAGCUCGACCUGUCCAACAACACGGUUGACAGAAACCAGAUGACUACAAGUUCCAACAGGGUUCGUACGGAUUGUGUUUCCAACAGGGAGCAUCGGCGUCAUAACCCUCCCUGUGGAGAAAGCUAUUCUCCGCACGGAACUGUCACGUCCCCUGAUGCAUCCCAGGACUCCAAGGCGGAAGAGAAUAGCUCGACCCGACCCAAGAGAAAGGCCAAGCCCAAUCGCAGUUUUGAUCCAGCUGCUCAAAUAGCCACACACACGCUACGGCCGCCGAGCAGGCUCUACCAGCUCCAGAUGGACCUCGUCCUGAUGGACUCCAAGGCCGAAGAGAAUGGCUCGACACGACCCAAGAGAAAGACCAAGCCCAAUCGCGGUUUUGAUCCAGCUGCUCAAGUAGCCAGAGACGCUACGGCCGCCGAGCAGGCUCCACCAGCUCCAGAUGGACCUCGUCCUGAUGGUUCAGGGGGCACACUUCAGCUCAACCUGGCCAACAACACGGUUGACAGAAACCAGAUGACUACAAGUUCCAACAGGUUUCAUACGGAUUGUGUUUCCAACAGGGAGCAUGGGCGUCAUAAUCCUCCCUGCGGAAAAAGCUAUUCUUAUUCUCCGCACGGAACUGUCAUGUCCCUUAGUGCGUCCCAGGACUCCAAGGCCGAAGAGAAUGGCUCGACACGACCCAGGAGAAAGACCAAGCCCAAACGCGGUUUUGAUGCAGCUGCUCAAGUAGCCAGAGACGCUAGGGCUGCCGAGCAGGCUCCACCAGCUCCAGAUGGACCUCGUCCUGAUGGUUCAGGGGGCACACUUCAGUUCAACCAGGCCAACAACACGGUUGACAGAAACCAGAUGACUACAAGUUCCAACAGGGUUCAUACGGAUUGUGUUUCCAACAGGGAGCAUGGGCGUCAUAACCCUCCUUCCAGAGAAAGCUAUUCUCCGCAUGGAACUGUCACGUCAUCUGGUGCGUCCCAGGACUCCAAGGCCGAAGAGAAUGGCUCGACACGACCCAAGAUAAAGUCCAAGCCCAAUCGCGGUUUUGAUCCAGCUGCUCAAGUAGCCAGAGACGCUAGGGCUGCCGAGCAGGCUCCACCAGCUCCAGAUGGACCUCGUCCUGAUGGUUCAGUGGGCACACUUCAGUUCAACCUGGCCAACAACACGGUUGACAGAAACCAGAUGACUACAAGUUCAACAUGGUUCAUACGGAUUGUGUUUCCAACAGGGAGCAUGGGCGUCAUAACCCUCCCUGCGGAGAAAGUUAUUCUCCGCACGGAACUAUCACGUCCCCUAUUGCGUCCCAGGACUCCAAGGCCGAAGAGAAUGGCUUGA